AUGACAUUCACUGGUGUUACACAAACGUUGGAUAAUGGAAAUAUUAUUGAACAAUAUAAUUAUUCACCACCAGCUGGCUCAUCACUAACAGAUAAUAUACUAGUCAAUAUAGUUUUUAAUGCACUAGGUAAUGUCUUUAAUGCAAUUGUUGUUAAUCCUUUGUCAACACCAACAACUACGAGCACUUCAACAGCUACUACUAUCAGCAACGCUGCUACAAUUGUUAGUACCACAGCAUAA